AUGCUCAGAAGGCAAAUGACGGAAGAACUACGCUACUACGCGCGCUCGGAGCGCCACCUACAGGCACUACAGGCGUGGCUUGAGGCCUCAAUGCCCUCGUACCCCGCCUCUGUGGCUUCUGGUGGCACAGAUCCGGUCCAGAGCAAGCUGUUUCCACUUCUCAAGACGCAGGAGCUGGGUGGCGUCGUGCUAUACAGCCCCUCGCUGGGCUCGACCCAGACGCUGCUGCGCGAGACGAUCAAGCCCGCUGCACCUGCAGGUGUUUUGUGCUACACGGAGCUACAAUCGAGCGGAAAGGGCCGCGGCACCAACACGUGGUCGUCACCCGAGGGAUGCCUUACCUUCUCCUUCCAAAGCGUCUUCACGGACGGCACCACGCUACCCUUCGUGCAGUACCUCGUCUCGCUGGCCAUCAUUAAGGCUGUGGAGGCAGUGCACGCCGCAGUUCCCGGUAGUGCUGGCCCUGUGAAGAUCAAAUGGCCCAAUGACAUUUAUGCCAACCAGGUCAAGAUCGGUGGAAUUCUCUGCCAGUCCGAAUACCGCGACGGCAAAUUCAGUGUCACCACAGUGUUCAACGAUUCGUGCAACAUUCGCACUCUGUCGCCGCACCAUCAAUCGCUAGCCGCUCGCUCAAGCCUCCGGACCAUGACCAUGCGCGUGCUCUCCGCCUCGAGCGCCAUCAAGACCCACGUUGCACGUACCACCUCGUGCUGGGUGCGCGCGUCUUCGACACUCGAGACGCCUAGCUCCAAGCCCACGCGCUCACCUACUGCGCUGGGCCUCGUGCCUCGUCGCUCCAAUGUGCCAGAGCCUCCUAUCGAUAUUCAGACCGCUCUAAGCAAAUGCAAGGCCCAGAACGCGCGCAAAUUCGAUGAGACCAUUGACUUAGCAGUCCAGCUGGGCGUGGAUCCGCGCAAGCCCAACCAGAGCGUGCGCGGCGUGGUGAGUCUGCCGAACGGCACUGGCAAACAAGUUCGCAUUGCCGUGUUCGCCCGCGGACCCAAGGCUGAGGAAGCCAAGGCUGCCGGCGCUACUAUUGUGGGUGCCGAGGAUCUCGUGGAGCAGGUGCAGAGCGGCAAGCUGGAGUUCGACCGCUGCAUUGCUACGCCCGAUGUGAUGCCGCUUGUGGGUCGUGUGGCUCGAAUUCUUGGCCCUCGCGGUCUGAUGCCCAACCCAAAGCUGGGCACGGUGACACAGGAGGUCGGUGAUGCUAUUGCGGCGGCACGUGGCGGUCAGGUGGAGUUCCGCGCUGAGAAGAAGGGUAUCAUCCACGCUGGUGUAGGCAAGAUGAGCUUCUCGGAGGAGGCGCUGCUUGAGAACGUGCGAGCCUUCAUGGUCGCACUCAGCGACGCCAAGCCGGAAGGUGCAAAGGGCAAGUACAUUAAGGCUGCUCACUUGAGCUCCUCGAUGGGCCCGAGCUACAAUUUGGACAUCAAGUAUCUGGAUCCGGCCUCGACGUCUUUCAUGCGCUUCGAGUAA